AUGGAAAAUGGUGUACUUUUCGAGCCAGUCAAUUUAAACAAGUCAAAGGCUGUUUUACCAAGCACGUUUAAUAACUUCGCUUACAAUAAGAGCAAGAGUAUGCUUCAGCCUGUGAUCCCAGGCAGAUCUAGUAUGCAGCCUAAACAGAAAACAAUCUUUCAAGGACUUCAUCCAGGCAAAGAAAGAGGAAUGAUCAAGGAUGAUUCCUACAAAAGCGAGACUUCUACAUUUGAUAAAUUACUAAGAAACUCCUCCAAGCUUGGGAAUUUCCAUAAUACUCUGAACCCAGAGAAAUGGGAGAAACUAGAGGAUUUAGAUGAAGACCCAGCUGAGAGCUUGAGACAUAUCCGCCAGACUGUCCAGACACACCCAGAAGACAUGCUAGGAAUCUUCAGAUUAUUUAUAGCAAUGAACAUCUUUUUAAAUUAUGACACAGGGGUUAUCCCAGCAGCCUUGAUCUCUAUUGAAGAAGACCUGGAUAUCAGUCAAGAGCAGAUAGCCUCACUAGGAUCAAUCGUUUAUAUUGGACUCUGAGUUUCAACUCUUUUUACUACAUUUGUUUUCAAGUUAAUGCCAGCGAAGUACGUCAUAGUGAUCAUGGUCUUCAUAAACUCGGUUGCUUGACUUGAGUUUGCCAUUAGUGAGAAUUUGUACAUCCUCUUCUUCAUGAGAUUCUUACUAGGCAUAACCCAAGCUUUUGUGGUGAUUCAUGCACCAGUCUGGUGAAAUGAGUAUAGCCCCUUGAAGGCUGCAUCCAGAUGGUUAGCAAUGCUUCAUUCAGCAGUAGUUAUCGGCAUAAUAAGCGGAUACAUUAUCACAUCUAUUACUGUGAACUACCUAUCUUCAUACCUGAGCUGGAGAUUCCCGAUUUAUAUCCAGGCUGCUGGUCAGUUCCUUUGUGCAUUCUUAUUCCUCUUUGUUAAAAAGGAGUAUAUAGAAAUUACACAGGACACUGGAGAAGAGUCCCUUCUCACACCUGGAGCUGAAGAUAGCAGCUCAUAUGUGAAUAGCUCUGGUCCGGCUAAAUAUGAGUCCCAUCAUACAGAGCCUAGGUCUGGCAAGAGUAUUCUAAAAUUUAACUAUAUAACAGACUCGUACAAAAACCUUCUGGGAAACUCAAUCUUUAUGUUUGUGACUCUUGCCUUAUGAGCACUCUAUUUCGUAGUAAGUGGAAUUCAGUUCUGGACAACAGCGUAUUUCCUGAAAGUUAUGAAGAUGAACCCGUCCCUCGUAAUGAUCUUCUUCACAUUCUGAAGCAUCACAGCCCCUCUAGCUGGUGUUUCCCUUGGAAGUUGGAUAAUCGACCUCAAAGGUGGCUAUAAGGGUGAAAAUAUGUUAUCAGCUAUCAAAACAUGCACUGUAUUUGGAGCUUGAGCCCUAGUAUUUGCACUUCCAGUUGGAUUCUGUGAAAAGAUCAUCUUUGUAGUUCCUUCCCUCUGGCUGCUACUUUUCUUUGGAGCGUCUUUGAUACCAACUUGAACAGGAGUUAUUGUGAAUAGCGUUCCUAAGAUCUACCAAUCAGCAAGCUCAAGUCUGAGCCAGCUUAUUUUUAACCUAGGAGGGUACUUCCUUGCGCCGAUUGCUUCAGCAUACUUCAUGGACUGAUUUGAAGACAGAGAGAUCGGACUUUUGUGGGGUUACAGAGUCAUCCUAUGGUGGUCUUUCUUUGCUAUUUUUUUCAUAAUUCUAGCAUGGAUCUCUAUUCAUCGUCACCUGGCACAGGCUCGUCCUAUUAAGAAGAUAGAGGUCGUCAUCUAA